AUGGGCCGUAAAGGUCUUCAUCUUCUAUGUCUUCUAAUACUCACCCAAGGAAUUCAUCUUGUCAAAGGGGGGUGUAAUGGUGGGGAGUUUCAGUGCUCCAGCGGUCAGUGUAUCGACAUCGACUGGAGGUGUGACGGCACUAAAGAUUGCACAGAUGACUCUGAUGAGCUCAACUGUCCUCCUCCAUCUUGCAGCGCACAGGAAUUUAAGUGUGUGACAAGCGGCGAGUGUAUCUCCUUGGGAUUUGUCUGUGAUGGGGAGGAAGACUGCACUGACGGCUCAGAUGAACAGAGAACCUGCGAGGGUCGGACCUGCAGGCCAGACCAGUUCACCUGCCAGGAGGGCCAGUGCAUUCCCAGCAGCUACAGAUGUGACCACGUGACGGACUGCCUGGACAAUUCAGACGAGAACAACUGCAACUACCCACCUUGCAGUGAGAGGACCUGUGCCAAUGGGGCCUGCUACAACAACACUCAGCACUGCAACGGGAUACAGAACUGCAGGGAUGGCUCCGAUGAAUCCAACUGCACGACUCAGCACUGCCCCCUGCACCAGUUUCAGUGUGCAAAUGGAUAUUGCAUCCCUCUGUCCUUUGUGUGCGACCACUGGGACGACUGUGGUGACAACAGUGAUGAGCAAGGCUGUGAGUACCAGAGUUGUAGUGGAAGUGAGUUCACUUGCUCCAGUGGCCGGUGUAUUCCUCAGCACUGGGUGUGUGAUCACUUUAAUGACUGUGGAGACUACAGUGAUGAGAAAGGAUGUGAUAGCAACUCCAGAGACUGUUACCCUGGUGAGUGGGGCUGCCCAGGCUCUCCAGUGUGUAUAUCACUGAGCAAAGUGUGUGAUGGCAAACCUGACUGUCCAGGAGGAACAGAUGAGAGCAACACCACGGCUCAGCAAACCUGCAGUCUGGAAAGGUGCUCCGCCCUCAGCUGUGAGUUCCUCUGCCACUCGUCCCCUCAGGGAGGAGCCUGCUACUGUCCUGAUGGUUUCAUUGUGGGCAAUGACAGCCGUUCAUGUGUGGACUAUGAUGACUGUCAGAUCUGGGGGAUCUGUGACCAGCUGUGUGAAGAUCGUCCUGGGACACAUCACUGCAGCUGUGCUGAUGGGUACUUCUUGGAGCAGGGUCACAUCUGCAGAGCCAAUAUUUCAGCUGGAAUGCCACAGCUCAUCUUCACCAACGGGGGUGAUGUGAUGAUGGCCGACAUACACGGGCGCUUUGUCAGAACUCUGGUGCCAUCCCAGGGUAAAGGUUACUCUGUAGGGGUGGCAUACCACUGGCACAGCCACACCGUCUUCUGGAGUGACACCAAUACUCAAAAGGUCUACUCCGCCAACUACGAUGGAGGUGACAUUAAAGAGGUCCUUACCGCUGCGGUCCACAGUGUCCAGAACAUCGCUGUCGACUGGAUCAACUUCAAACUCUAUGUCUUAGAGGCUCAGGUGGAGCGCAUCGACAUCUGUGACUUUGACGGGGGCAAUCGAGUCACGCUGGUGGCUGAGAACCUGCAGGCUCCUCAUGGGCUGGCGCUGGACCCUACAGUGGGCUACAUGUUCUUCACAGACAUGGGCUAUGGCGGUGAGCAGGUGAAGCUUGAACGCGCCUACAUGGAUGGCAGCAACCGUGUGGAACUGGUGAAGAGGAGGCUCGGCAUUCCAACAGGCAUCACACUGGAUAUUGUUAACCAGAGGGUCUACUGGUCUGACAGCCAUUUUGACAUGAUGGAGACGGUCACCUACAAUGGUUUAGACAGGAAAACAGUGCUCUAUGGAGUAACCCAGGCUCCACAUCCAUUUGGUAUUGCUGUGUUUGAGAACCACAUGUUCUUCACCGACUGGACCAAGAUGGCUGUAGUGAGAACCAACCGGUUCAAUGGCAGCAACCCAACAGUCCUCUAUCGCACCGCAAAACAUCCAGGCCAUAUUGUCGUCUCACACCCUGUCCUGCAACCUGUUGUGAUGAACCCUUGUGGGAGACACAACGGCGGCUGUCAGCACAUUUGCGUCCUGAGUCACCAUUCCGACAACGAUGGUCUUGGCUUCCGCUGCAAAUGUCGUCUUGGUUAUGACCUGCAGGCUGACCAGCGCACCUGCUUCAAGGUGAAGGACUACUUGUUGGUGGCCACCUCCCUCGCCGUGCGGGGAAUCCCACUGAACAUUUCCCUCCAGGAGGACAUCACCCUGCCCCUCACAGGCAAUGGCCCCACGCUCACUGGCUCUGCUGUGGAGUUUGAUGCCAAUGAGGAAGCCAUCUUCUAUAAUGACAGGGGCAGAGGCCUCAUCUAUAAAUCAGAAGGGAACGGUAAUCAGAUUUUGACAGGCUACAGAGUAGGAAUGGUUGAUGCCAUGGCCUAUGAUUGGACCUCCAAAGUGUUGUUCUGGACCACGAGUUCCUACAGGACUGUGGUGGCCUUCAAAGUAACAGACAAGUCCAGACGAGACAUUGUGACUGGACUAAAGAACCCAAAGGGAAUCGCGGUGGAUCCCACUGCCGGCUUCUUGUUCUGGUCAGACUGGUACCGUCCAGCGGUCAUAAUGCGAGCCUUCACUGAUGGCAGCAAUGCUGUUCCCCUCGUCAACACAACACUGGGAUGGCCAUUUGGACUCACUGUUGACUACAUUUUUAGCAGGGUGUACUGGGUGGAUGCCCUCUUGGACCAGAUAGGUUACAUUGGCAUGGAUGGCAGUGGAAGACAGAUGUUCAGCAAUAUCGGCCAGAUCACUCAGCCCUUCUCCCUCACAAUUCACUCAGACCACCUUUUUGUGUCUGACACAAGGACCAAGGCAGUAUUCCGGAUGAGGAAGAGGGAUGGGGGAGAAAACAUUAUGAUAAGACAAGGAAUCACCGGCAUUAUGAAUGUGAAGGCUUACUCAGCUGACCUCCACAGCUCGCUCAUGAGCCAGUGCAACAGAGCACCUAACGGGCACUGCAGCCACUUCUGUUUCCCAACACCGUCUUCCUCUCGAGUGUGUGGCUGUCCGUACGGCAUGAAACUUCAGGCCAAUCAGAUGGACUGCAUCAAGGACGAUUCAGUUCCCCCACCUGAUACCAGCUGUGGAGAUUAUGCUUUUGAGUGUGAUGAAGGAAGGUGCAAGCCCAACUCCUACCGCUGUGAUGGGAUCGCUGAUUGCGUAGAUAAGACUGAUGAGGCCAACUGCACCGACACAGGGAUGACCUGUUCUCCGAGGGCGUUCACCUGCAACAACAAGCACUGCAUCCUGUCCAGUUGGCGCUGUGAUGGCACCGAUGACUGCGGUGAUGGUUCUGAUGAAAUCAACUGCCCCACUCGAGUCCCCACCACCUGCGGCGCCAACUACUUUACCUGUGACAACAACAGGUGCAUCUCCAAGAACUGGGUGUGUGACGGUGACAAUGACUGUGGUGACGGCUCUGAUGAGCAAAACUGCAAUUCAACCAUCUCAACAUGUCCACCUGGCUACUUCUUGUGUCCCGACCACCGCUGCAUCCACAGCUCCUACGUCUGUGAUGGAGAUCAGGACUGCAUGGACGCCUCUGAUGAAAAAGACUGUGAGUUUGCCUGUGACUCCUAUGAGUUCGCCUGCGCCAGUGGGGACCAGUGUGUCAAUUCGGGAUAUCGGUGUGAUGGAGUCUUUGACUGCAGGGACCAUUCUGAUGAAAGAGACUGUCCUACUCGAGGUCCAGGCCUCUGCCAUGAAGAUGAGUUCCAGUGCCAGAUCGACGGCUUCUGCAUACCAGACGAGUGGGAGUGUGAUGGCCAUCCAGACUGUGAGGAUGGAUCUGAUGAACACAACUCCUGUUCGCCCGUCACCUGCCAGCCCAGCUACUUUCAGUGUGCCAACAAGAUCUGCAUCCCGCAGAGCUGGUUGUGUGACGGCGACAACGACUGCCGGGACAUGAGUGAUGAGCAGAACUGCCCCACACCUCCAUUUAGAUGUCCCUCCGGACAGUGGCAGUGUCCCACUGACCAGGUGUGCAUUGACCUGGACAAAGUGUGUGAUGGCCAGAGGGACUGUCCCAAUGGAGCAGACGAGUCUCCCAUCUGCAACCAAGAGGACUGUGCACUGAACAAUGGGGGCUGCAGUGACGGUUGUAUCCAAGGGCCUUUCGGGGCCCAGUGCACCUGCCCGCCAGGAUUUCAACUCCUUAACGACUCCAAAACCUGUGAUGACAUCAACGAGUGUCUGAUCCCGGGUUUCUGCAGCCAGCAGUGCUACAACGAGAGAGGGAGUUUCAGAUGCUACUGCUCAGACGGCUACCUGCUAGAGCCAGAUGGACGCACCUGUAAAGCGGCUGAUCAGACAGCAGCAGUCCUUCUUGUUACCAAACGUAGCCAGAUCAUCGCCAACCGGAUCAAUAUGAAACCGCCUCAGGUGCGACCUGUGAUCAGCGGUUCAAACAUUGUGACUGUGGAUUUUGACCGUGUGACCUCCAGGAUCUACUGGGCCGACGCCUCCCAGAAGAAGAUAUGGAGCGCCUACCAGAACGGCACCGACAGACAGGAGGUGUUCUCCACUGGUCUGAUGGUACCAGAGAGCAUAGCCGUGGACUGGGUGGGGCGGAACCUCUACUGGACCGACUCUGUCAUGGAGAACAUUGAGGUUUCCACUCUGGACGGCCGCUUCCGGAAAGUCCUCCUCACCAAAAACAUUACCAGUCCACGUGGGCUGGUUCUGGACCCGCGUAACUAUACCAACCUGAUGUUCUGGGCAGACUGGGGUCAAAACCCCAGGAUAGAGCGGGCUGACAUGGAUGGAGCCAUGAGACAGGUCAUCGUCAGCACAAAACUCUACUGGCCCAACGGCCUGGCCUUGGACUACACCACUCGCAGGGUCUACUUUGGGGAUGCUUACCUGAAGUACAUUGACUACUGUGAUUAUGAUGGAAACAACCGCCAUCAGGUCAUGGCAAGUGACAUGGUUCUCCAACACCCUCAUGGUAUGACCAUCUUUGAGGACCACAUCUACUGGUCAGAGCGCUACACCAGCAAAGUGAUGAAGACCAACAAGUUCCACGGGGGCAACAUCACCACUGUGCUCAACAAUGUCUACCAGCCCAUGGGCAUCGUCAUGGAUCACCCCAUCAAGCAGCCUACAGCUCUCAACCCAUGCAGGGAGCACCUGUGCAGUCAGCUGUGCCUCCUGUCCGGCAUCAGACCCAGGUACUACACCUGCCACUGUCAGUCUGGUUGGAGGCUGGAUGCUGACAAGCGAACCUGUAUUAAAGACGAGACUCCAUUCCUGAUGGUGGUGAGAGACUCAGUGAUUUUUGGCAUUCCUCUGGACCCUGCUGACUCCUCCAACAAUGCAAUGGCCCCUGUGUCUGGCAUCUCUCAGGGGCGGGACAUAGAUUUUGACGACCAGGAGCAGUUUGUCUAUUGGGUGCAGAGCACUGGAUCUAUAUGGAGAGUGAAAACCAGUGGCACCAACAGGACACAGUUUGCUCCAGCUGCUAUCAUUGGCUCACCUUCUGGUCUGGCUUUUGAUUGGAUAAGCCGGAUGAUGUAUUAUACCAAUCCAACAGUAAAAGCCAUAGAGGUUAUCCGCGUGGAUGGAUACCAGCACUAUAGGAAGACCCUCAUCACGUCCACAGGCAAACCAGAGGGAGCAGGAGAGCCCAUUGGAAUAGCACUGGAUCCAGCCCGAGGGAAGUUGUUUUGGACGGACAAGGGAGCUGACGGCGGGGUUCCUCCCAAGGUUGCCAGCUCUGACAUGGAUGGAGGCAACGUCAGAAACCUCUACACAGGCAACCUGGCUAACAUAGGAUUUAUCACUGCAGACAUCUCUACCAGCAAACUGUACUGGGGUGUGGCAAGCACAGGCGUGAUUGAGUGUGGCACUAUGGACGGUGUUAGCCGGGUGACGGUGGUCAGUGGCCUGUCCCAUCCCUGGGGUCUGACGGUCUACCAGAACCACCUCUACUACACAGACCUGGACUAUGAGGUCAUUGAAAGGGUGGACAAGAACACCGGCGGCAAUAUGGUGGUGAUGAGAAGCGGCAUGUCUGGCCUGCGAGCCCUCAAAGUGCACGCCAGAGACAACUCAGCAGGUACCAGCAAUGCCUGCAGUGUCAACAACGGGGGCUGUCCCCACCUCUGCCUGCCCAAGCCAGGGAACCAAAAGACCUGUGCCUGCACCACAGGCUUUUACCCCUCUCAGGAUGGAUCUCGCUGCGAACAGUAUGAAUCCUUUGCCCUCAUCUCCACCCCCAAGCAUAUCCGCGGCUUCCACAUAAACAGCUCCGACCACUCUGAGGCGAUGGUGCCUGUCGGUGGAUCCUCCUACACCAUCAAGGACAAAUUGGACCUUCAUGUUGCAUCUCGCUUUAUUUACUGGACUGACAACAGCACCUACAGCUCCUACAGGGGUAUCUACAGGGCCAGGACAGAUGGAGGGUACUACAGCCAUCUUAUCACCUCAGGCAUAGGAACAGGAGGCAUCCAGGGCAUCGCUGUAGAUUGGAUUGCAGGCAACCUGUAUUUCACCAAUGCUUUUGAGAGCCAGACCUUCCUAGAGGUGCUUGCUAUCAACACCACCUAUCGAAUGGUUCUCGUCAAGUCCAUGCAGGACAGGCCCCGUGACCUGGCUGUGAGCCCCAAGCUCCGCUACCUCUUCUGGACCGAUGGAGGCCAGACGCCCAAGAUUGAGCGGGCCCUGUUGGAUGGCAGAAACUGCACUGUUCUGGCAUCAGAGAGUCUGGCAUCGCCCCGUGGUCUGACCAUUGAUUACACCAAUGACUUCCUCUAUUGGACGGAUGAUGUACUCGACAUGAUCUCUCGCAUUGCUCCAGAUGGCACGCAGAGGCAGAUUGUCCGGUAUGGGAGCCGGUAUCCAUCUCCAAUGGGGAUGGCCAUAUUUGGGAACUACAUGCUGUGGGUGGAUAAGAAACUUGGCAAACUCUUCCAGGCCAGUAAAGAUCCAGCCAACACUGACCAACCGGAGGUAAUCCGCGAUGGUAUCGAUGGUCUGCUGGAUGUCACUGUAUUUGACUCGCAUGUUCAGCCUAUAUCUGCCAACCAGGUGGGCUUCAACCCAUGCCAGGAAGAUAAUGGGCGCUGCCAGCAGCUCUGCUUUGCCAUGCCAGGCCAGGAGAGACCCAAAUGUGGUUGUGCUCAUGGGUCCCUCCUUUCUAAUGGGGUAACAUGCGGUUACGGCCUUGACGAAUUUCUAAUUUUCACAACUGACUACACACUGAAUAGCAUGAGGCUAGACCCCGAGGAUCACAGCAGCCCUUAUCCAACGGUGAACCUGGGCUACAACUUGAUGGCACUGGAUUUUGACUUCAAGGACAAGCUGAUUUUCUUCUCCCAGUACAUGGGUAUAGGCCGGAGCAGGAUUGGCUAUGUCAGUACUACAUCCAUCACCAGCUCACCUGUCAUUAUAGCUUCAAAUCUGGAUGACCCUGAGGGGCUGGCAUAUGACUGGGUCAACAAGCGUCUCUACUUCACUGACUACUACAGCCGCAAUGUUCAGGCUAUAGGGGUGAAUGGGCAGAACAGAUCAAUUAUCGCCCAUGCCAACCGCCCCAGGGCCAUCAUUGUCGACCCCUGCUAUGGCUACCUGUACUGGACUGACUGGGGUAUCCCAGCUAAGAUUGAGAGAGCCACACUGGGUGGAAAUUUCCGGAUACCCAUCAUCAACAGCAGCCUGACCACACCCAACGGCCUUACUCUGGACUAUGAAGAGAGGAUGCUGUACUGGGCUGAUACCUCACUAGACAAGAUUGAGAGGUCCUCACUGACUGGUGAGAAUCGACAGGUAAUUGUGCAGGGGGUCCAGUACCCCUUUGCCAUGACAGUUUUCAAGCAGGACAUCUUCUGGACCGACUGGACCUCCCGAGCCAUCUACAGGGCUGGGAAGGAUGACGGCUCUGGUUUUGCAGUGCUGGCUCAGCAGAUGCAGUACAGGCCAAACGACAUCCACGUCUAUGCUGGAUCCAAGCAGGAGAGCUGCUCCAGCCCCUGUCAGCAGUUUAAUGGAGGCUGCAGUCAUGUCUGUGUUCCUGGUCCAUCAGGUUCAGAGUGCCAGUGUCCCCACCAGGGAAACUGGUACCUGACCAACAAUGGCAAGGACUGUAUCCGAGACACUGGGAAGCGCUGCCAGCCAGAGCAGUUCACCUGUCUCAAUGGCAACUGCAUCUCAAUACGAUGGGUGUGUGACGGCUACAGCGACUGCCUGGAUAAUUCAGAUGAGCUGGAGAGAGUUUGUGCAUUCCACACUUGCUCAGCUAUGGACUUUACCUGUGACAAUGGGCGCUGCGUGCCAGUCAGCUACACCUGCGACUAUGCGGACGACUGUGGUGACAACAGUGACGAGCGGGGCUGCCCCUUCCCCACCUGCAACCCCGACACCGAGUUCACCUGCACCAAUGGACGCUGCAUCAGCGCAGCCUUCGUCUGUGACGGCCACAACAACUGUAGAGACAACAACACCUCUGACGAGAUCAACUGCCCUGACAGGACGUGUCCUUCAGGCCAGAUCAAAUGUGACAAUACCAACAUCUGCAUCUACCCUGACAACUUGUGUGAUGGCUACAACAACUGUGGUGACGGCAGUGAUGAGAAUCCUCUUUUCUGUGCGGGUCGCACAUGCGCUCCGGGCCAGUUCCGUUGCGAUGGAGGGACAUGUAUCCCUGAGUCCUGGGUCUGUGACUCCAUGAGAGACUGCAAUGAUGGGACUGAUGAACCUCCCUCCUGUGAGGAGCAGGGCAAGACAUGCAGUCCGAGUCAGUUCACCUGCACCAAUGGAAACUGCAUCCCCCAGUCACUGACUUGUGAUGGCAACAAUGACUGUUGGGACAACAGUGAUGAGGCUCCUGAACUGCAGUGUGGUGAACGUACCUGCAGCUCCAACCAGUUCACCUGCCCCACCUGGUACCCCGGCCACCCGCGCUGUGUGCCCCUCAGCUUUGUGUGUGACGGGGAGAAAGACUGCGCCAAUGCAGCUGAUGAGCUCCACAACUGCCCCAACCGCAGCUGCCACAUGAACGAGUUUGCCUGUAACAACGGGCUUUGCAUCUUCCUCCCAUACCACUGUGACCGCGUCAACGACUGUGGGGAUGGUAGUGAUGAGUUGGGCUGCAUCUAUGAUACAUGUACCAGCAACCAGUUCACCUGUGGCAACGGAGCCUGCAUCCCCAUUUACUUCACCUGUGAUGGGGACAACGACUGCACGGACGGGACGGACGAGGCAGAGAGCCUGUGCACCACGCCCCAGCCCACCUGCGCCCCCCAGCAGUACAUGUGCAAGUCAGGCCAGUGCAUAGACAUCAACAAGGUGUGCAAUGGACAAAAGGACUGCCAGGACAAUAGUGAUGAAAAGGGCUGCGGUAUCAACGAGUGCCGUAACCCCUCAGUCCACAAGUGUGCCCAAGUCUGCACCGACACUCUCACUGGCUACUACUGCUCCUGCAACCCCGGGUACCGCCUCAUGCCAGAUGGCAAGGCCUGCGACGAUGUCAACGAGUGUCUCGACACACCCGCCGUCUGCAGCCAGAUCUGUGAGAACGCAGUCGGCUCGUACCACUGCAAAUGCGCCCCGGGGUACAUCCGCGAACCGGACGGACGCACCUGUCGCCACAACAGCGGCAUCGCCCCGUACCUGUUGUAUAGCAAUCGUUACUACAUCCGGAAUUUGACCACUGAUGGGUCAUAUUUGAGUGUCGUCCUGCAAGGGUUGUCCAACGUGGUGGCUUUGGAUUUUGACCAUUAUGAGAAGAGGCUGUAUUGGUUGGACGCAGGGGUGGGUAAGAUAGAGAGAAUGCGUUUUGACGGCAGUGACAGGGAGACAUUGGUGGACCACAACGUUGGUGGUGUAGAGGGCCUUGCAUUGGACUGGGUGGGCAGGAAGCUGUACUGGGUGGACAGUUACUAUGCCUCAGUUCAUGUGAUGGAGCUGGAUGGGCGCUACAAGAAGAAGCUGCUGGCAGGAGCCAUCCCUGGAGAUAAUGCCACUUACAUCAUCACCCGACCCCGAGCUGUGGCUGUCAACCCCAGAUAUGGGUGGCUGUAUUGGACAGACUGGGCUGACACUGCCUUCAUUGGCAGGGUUGGCAUGGAUGGCACCAAUGCCAGUGCCAUCAUCACUACCAAGCUUGAGUGGCCCAGUGCACUGACCAUUGACUACACCACCAACAAAAUCUUCUUUGCCGACGCCCACCUCAAUUUCUUAGACUUUGCAGACAUGAAUGGCCAGAAUCGCCACCGGGCCAUCGCCGGCUCUCUCCCCCAUGUCUACGCUGUUUCCCUGUUUGAGGACUGGGUCUACUGGACCGACUGGAACACACACACUGUGGAAAAGGCCCAUAAAUACACUGGUGAACAGCGCACAGUGAUGGGCAACAACACACACCGGCCUUACGACAUCCACGUCUAUCACCCGUACAGACAGCCUCGCAGUGACAGCCCAUGUUCUUCCCAUCACCUGACCUGCAGUCACAUGUGUCUAAUCGCCCCUGGUGGACUCAGCGCUACCUGCGAGUGUCCAGAUGACUUCAUAGGCAUUCACCUGGGCUUCAAAGUCCAGUGUGUGGCCGACUGCUCCAGCACACAGUUCCGUUGUGGGGACAAUGAGAAGUGUAUUUCUAUAUGGUGGAAGUGUGACGGCCACUCUGAUUGUGGCGACGGCUCAGAUGAACCUCAGACCUGCCCACCGCGCUACUGCCGCCCCGGCCAGUUCCAGUGUCAAGAUGGCAACUGCACCCAUCCUGGCUUCCUCUGCGACAGCGAAUCAGACUGUCCUGACGGCUCAGACGAGGACGCCGCUCUCUGCAGUGACCAUCGAUGCCAGGAGAACCAGUUCCAGUGCAAGAACAAGCAGUGCAUUCCUGUGUCCUUGCACUGUGAUGGAGUCGACGACUGUUCAGAUGGCAGCGACGAGGACCCAGAGGGAUGUGCCCAGAGGACCUGCCGGCCGGGGGAGUUCCAGUGUGCCCAAGGCCGCUGUGUGCCAUCUAGCUAUGUGUGUGAUUUUCAGGAUGACUGUGGAGACGGAUCUGAUGAGAUCCACGAAAUCUGCACGGGUCCAGACUAUAAGUGCGAUGCAGACACUGAGUUCUCCUGUGAGACCAACUACCGCUGUAUUCCCCUGUCGGCCCGCUGUGACGGCACCAAUGACUGCAUUGACAACAGCGAUGAGAAGGAAUGUGAGCAGGUGCCCUGCGACCCUCUGGGAGAUUUCCGUUGUGACAACCACCGCUGUGUCCCCAUCCGCUGGCAGUGUGACGGCAGCAACGACUGUGGCGACGGUUCUGACGAGAGGAACUGCCAGCCAAGGCCUUGCACAGAGAGCGAGUAUCGCUGUGACAACAAGCAGUGCAUCCCUGGGAACUGGGUGUGUGACCAUGACAACGACUGCGGGGACAACUCAGACGAACGAGACUGUGAGCUGCACACGUGUCGCCCUGGUUCAUUCCAGUGUCAGUCGGGUCACUGUGUCCCUGCCGCUCUGCAGUGUGACGGCCGGCCCGACUGUCAGGAUCUGUCAGACGAGACCAGCUGUCCCACUCGUUACCCAGGGGGCCGUUGGUGCCCUCUGCACCAGUUCCAGUGUGGGAACCGUUUGUGUGUGAACCAGGGCUGGGUGUGUGACGCGGUGGACGACUGCGGGGACGGCUCUGAUGAGGAGCUCACUUUGUGCUUCAACAUCACCUGUGAGAUGCCGUCCAGGUUUCGCUGUGCCAACGGCUACUGCAUCUACUCUGGUCUGCUGUGCAACAAGAAAGACGACUGUGGAGACGGCAGCGAUGAGAAGGAAGACCUCUGCCGGGAGCCGACGCUGCCACCGUGCACGUUGGAUGAGUUCAAAUGCAGCAACGGAUACUGUGUGGCCCUGCCGUACGUGUGUGACCACAAUGACAACUGUGGGGACCUCACCGAUGAGCUGGGCUGCAAUUUUGGUCAUGAUCGCAACUGUGAUGAGAACAAGUGCCAACAUGAGUGCACCAACCUGAACGGCACCGGCUUCAUUUGCUCCUGCAGGCCGGGGUACAGGGUGGACCCAGACAACACCUACAGCUGCCUGGACAUCGAUGAAUGUGCGGUGUACGGCACCUGCCCUCAGGCCUGUAAAAACACCAAGGGGGGCUACGAGUGUGAGUGUGCGCCCGGCUACCGCAAAGUGGGAAACGGCAACAUGUGUGAGGCUGAAGGGCCGACUCCCCUGCUGCUUCUGCCGGAGAACGUUCGUAUCAGGAGGUUCAACCUGCAGACGGAGGCGUAUCACGACUUCCUGCGAGAGGAGGAGCGCAUCAUGGCUCUAGACUACGACUGGGACCACAACAACACCGGACUCAGUAUGGUGUACUUCACCGUGGCUGGUAAGGACUCUGCGCCAGGUGCCAUUAAAAGAGCGUACAUACCCUCAGUAGACGACGGCAGCAACAACAUCGGUGCUGCUGUUGACCUCGGCAUCAAGUACAUCACCAGUCCAGAUGGCAUUGCUGUGGACUGGGUGGGCAGGAACCUGUACUGGGCAGACUCCAGGGUGAAGAGGCUGGAGGUGGCCAUGUUGGAUGGACGCUACAGGAAGCACCUGGUCAAGACUGAGCUGGGACACCCCUCGGCCGUGGCCAUCAACCCACGACUGGGGAUGUUGUACUGGGCGGACCGAGGGACGGAGGCCAAGAUCGAGUGUUCCUGGCUGGACGGCCAGCAGAGGAAAGUCCUGGUGGCAGAGGGUCUGGGUUGGCCCACCGGCUUAUCAGUCGACUUCACCAACGGCGAUCGGCUUUAUUGGUCUGACUCCAAAGAAAGCCGCAUAGAGUCUGUUUUACCCUCUGGAGAGGACCGGAGAACUGCCGUCUACAUCGAUGUGCGAAACCCCUUCAGCGUGAGUGUGUUUGAGGAUCAUGUUUACUGGAGCACCCAGGACAAAGGUGAGGUGUUCCGGCAGGACAAGUUCGGCAGAGGGACCAUGACCAAGCUGAUGACUGCUGGGCCCUGGCUCACCCAGAUCUCCGUCUACCAGCAGCAGAGAUACAACUCCAUAAGCAUGAAGAAUCCAUGUAAGGGCACCUGCAGCCACCUGUGCUUGCUCCGACCUAAAGGCUACACCUGUGCCUGCCCCGAGGGCACCAGCUUCCUCCCGGGCAGUAGCACCAAAUGUGACGCCGGGUUUGAGCCACAACCCACCAUGCCCCCACCAUGCCAGUGUCAAAAUGGAGGCACCUGCUACUUUGAUGACAACAAGGCACUUUGCAAGUGCCCUCCAGAGUGGAGUGGAGACUACUGUCAGACAAAUGUAUACAACGUGGUUGCAUCAUCAGUCGGGAUAGCCAUCGGGGUGACGGUUGUGAUCGUGAUUCUACUGGCUGCUCUGGUCUACGCUGCCAAGAGGAAAUCCAACCCGCUGCAGGCGCUCAAAAGCAGCUUGCCCAGUUUGCCAUCCUUGCCUUCCAUGCCCAACGUGACAGUCUUCAGGUUUUUCAGAACAUCUUCGUCUCCAAAUACCUCUGAACCAGUGGGAGCUGAAAGGCAGAGCUCGGAUGCGGUGCCCUGCAUGUCUGUGUCCAUGGUGGAGCAUGAAGACAAGAGUUUUGAGAACCCAGCAUACGAGGCAGAAGAAAAACCUGCUGCCAUCAGCACACCGACCGCCAUCUUUGCUCCUAAUGGAACAAACAAGAACAUCAGUAACCCCCUGUAUGUGGAGGAGGUCCAAGUUGUAGACGAGCCCAGCAGAAGUGUAACGACACCUGCUAGUGCCAUCGAUGCCAAGGAGGCCUUUGAGAACCUGGCAUAUGGCUCAGAGUCAAAUGAUGUUGUCACCGUCCCUGAACACCCAGCUGCUCCGAGCGCACAGUUUGAACCCAUUGGGGAUGACAGCCUUGUUGACACAUUCGCAAAUCCCACAUACACGUGAACUCCCAACAGGGUCAUUCCCAUCCAGCCGCUCCAGAGAUGACAUCUGAUCUGACUCCCACAUCAGGGCUAAGUGCAGACCAGCGACUCCAGGAGUAAAACUCGACAAAGCCUUAUUCCUAUCUAGCCGUGUUAACUGUGCGCAGUAAGCAGAGCGUUAGAUUAGCACCGUUACGGCUGCUUGUGCCACUCCAGCUGGGCACUGAUGUAAAAUGUCUACACUCACAAUGUUGCAAACGAUCAUCUGCCAGCUUGAGUUUCUUUGUUAACUAUUUUAACUUUUUCUCCGUGCAUUGCAAACAUAAUGACUCACUGUGAAAUCUAUUUUUGUGCCACUUCGGUUGACUUUUGUACAAAAAUCUUGUGGUUGAAUAUGCAGCACGAAUGGAGCAUCAUUACAUUUGAAUGAAGAUACAUUCAACUUAGAAUUGCAUAGAAAUGACAGAGCAGCAAAUGAGCAUAAGUAUAGAAAAAUUAUAGUUUUUCAAAAAAUAAACAGCUUCAUAAGGUUGUAUAACACCAAAACCACAAUUUCUAUGCCACACAUCCAUUUUUUUAAGGAAAUCACUUCACAUCAGUUUAGUAUAGCCAUAACAUUAACAGACAUAAUUGCACUGAUCAAAACACUUAAAUGGCUCUGUUAUGGUUUGUUAUGUUGCUUUAAGUCUUUAAGUGCGUUGUGCUUAUCGGAGUCACACUGUUGAAGAGCCUUCAGUUUUUGUAAUUCUGUGCAUUAUCUGCUCAAUAAAAAGUGUAAUUAUUUGACUGCAAA